GAGUCUCACUCUGUCACCCAGGCUGGAGUGCAGUGGCGUGAUCUUGGCUUACUGAAACCUCCGCCUCCCACGUCCAAGUGAUUCUCCUGCCUCAGCCUCCCCAGUAGCUGGGACUACAGGCGCGCAGCCGUGAUGCCCCGCUAAUUUUUGUAUUUUUAGUAGAGACGAGGUUUCGCCAUGUUGCCCAGGCUGGUCCCGAACAACUGACUUUCAAGUGAUCCGCCCGCCUCGGCCUUCCAAAGUGCUGGGAUUCAGGCGCGAAUCACCCUGCCAGGCCUCAUAUCGUUUUUAGUACAGUAUUAUAUUCAAAUUUAAAACCAGAGAUUUUCAAAGAUGACACUUAACUUUAAAAGAUAAGAAGUACUCCAAAGCAGGCUGGGCGCAGUGGCUCAUGCCUGUAAUCCCAGCACUUUGGGAGGCCGAGGCGGGAGGCUCACUUCAGGUCAGGAGUUCGAGACCAGCCUGGCCAACAUAGGCUGAGGCAGGAGAAUCGCUUGAACCCGGAAGGCGGAGUUGCAGUGAGCUGAGAUCGUGCCAUUGCACUCCAGCCUGGGUGACAAGAGCUAGACUCCGUCUCAAAAAAAAGAAGUUCCUAUAAUUUCUAAAAGAAGCAAAGAAAGUUUCCAUACAGAAUUAAGAGAAAAAUGUUAGGACCCAGACUCGGGGUUGGAUGAAAUAGCAUGAGGCAACAGAACACAGGAGUUAAGAGCUUCCGUGUGAUUCCCAGCUCAACCUGGAGCAAAUGACUUAUUCCUCAGAGCCUCAGUUUGCUUACCUGUAAAGUAGGAAUAAUGGUAAUACGUACCUCCUAGCUCAUCAAAUUGUUCCAAAAAUUAAAUGCAACAAAAGGCCUAACAAAUUGCCUCAUAAGGGCUCAAUAAAUCGUAUUAUUGCAACCAUUUCGCCUGUAUUUGAGUGUGAAGCGCCUAGAAAAAACCCACAGGACCCCUACGGCGAGCCGGGAAUUUUUAGAUAUUUUCCUCCGAGUCAACGCUCAGUGAAAUCAGUUCAAUCAGUGGCCAGACACCGUGCGGCUGACACAGCUUAUCCCCCGACCCUGAGGUCAGGGGUCCCCGGAGCCCAAGGUCGCUUCCAAAGCUCAGCGAGGCGGAGGUACGGCCCGGGCUGGUCUGGUUCGGCCACCGUUGUUAUGGCAACCGCCAGGAGGUUGGCUUCAUCUCUAACUGAAAGUCUGCACAGGAGGGGCCAAUCGAAGGGCCCCGAGGUGGGCAGCACAGGCUCCUCGACGACUUCCUAGGUCGCAAUCUCCAGGAAAACGACCACAGGAGCUAGCCUCCGAGCCCCGCUCCCCGGGCCCUUCCGGCGGCUGCGCCCUUUAACCCCGGAAGUGGGCGGGAGAGGAAGCGGCUGGUGAUGCUGGAACAAACAUGGCCGCUCUGGCCCCAGUCAGCUCCUUAGCCUCCCGCGGUCCUAGGCUGGCCGCGGGCCUCCGGCUGCUCCCAAUGCUGGGUUUGCUGCAGUUGCUGGCCGAACCUGGCCUGGGCCGCGUCCAUCACCUGGCACUCAAGGAUGAUGUGAGGCAUAAAGUUCAUCUGAACACCUUCGGCUUCUUCAAGGAUGGGUACAUGGUGGUGAAUGUCAGUAGCCUCUCAUUGAAUGAGCCUGAAGACAAGGAUGUAACUAUUGGAUUUAGCCUAGACCGUACAAAGAAUGAUGGCUUUUCUUCUUACCUGGAUGAAGAUGUGAAUUACUGUAUUUUAAAGAAACAGUCUGUCUCUGUCACCCUUUUAAUCCUAGACAUCUCCAGAAGUGAGGUAAGAGUAAAGUCUCCACCAGAAGCUGGUACCCAGUUACCAAAGAUCAUCUUCAGCAGGGAUGAGAAAGUCCUUGGUCAGAGCCAGGAGCCUAAUGUUAACCCUGUUUCAGCAGGCAACCAGACCCAGAAGACACAAGACGGUAGAAAGUCUAAAAGAAGUACAGUGGAUUCAAAGGCCAUGGGAGAGAAAUCCUUUUCUGUUCAUAAUAAUGGUGGGGCAGUGUCAUUUCAGUUUUUCUUUAACAUCAGCACUGAUGACCAAGAAGGCCUUUACAGUCUUUAUUUUCAUAAGUGCCUUGGAAAAGAAUUGCCAAGUGACAAGUUUUCAUUCAGCCUUGAUAUUGAGAUCACAGAGAAGAAUCCUGACAGCUACCUCUCAGCAGGAGAAAUUCCUCUCCCCAAAUUAUACAUCUCAAUGGCCUUUUUCUUCUUUCUUUCUGGGACCAUCUGGAUUCAUAUCCUUCGAAAACGACGGAAUGAUGUAUUUAAAAUCCACUGGCUGAUGGCGGCCCUUCCUUUCACCAAGUCUCUUUCCUUGGUGUUCCACGCAAUUGACUACCACUACAUCUCCUCCCAGGGCUUCCCUAUUGAAGGCUGGGCUGUUGUGUACUACAUAACUCACCUUUUGAAAGGGGCGCUACUCUUCAUCACCAUUGCACUCAUUGGCACUGGCUGGGCUUUCAUUAAGCACAUCCUUUCUGAUAAAGACAAAAAGAUCUUCAUGAUUGUCAUUCCACUCCAGGUCCUGGCAAAUGUAGCCUACAUCAUCAUAGAGUCCACCGAGGAGGGCACGACUGAAUAUGGCUUGUGGAAGGACUCUCUAUUUCUGGUCGACCUGUUGUGUUGUGGUGCCAUCCUCUUCCCAGUGGUGUGGUCAAUCAGACAUUUACAAGAAGCAUCAGCAACAGAUGGAAAAGGUGACAGCAUGGGACCUCUUCAGCAGAGAGCGAAUCUAAGAGCAGGAAGUCGCAUAGAGUCUCACCAUAUUGCCCAGGCUGAUCUUGAACUCCUGGCCUCUAGCUGUCUUCCUGCCUCAGUCUCCCAAAGGGCUGGGAUUAUAGCUGCUAUUAACUUAGCAAAGCUGAAACUUUUCAGACAUUAUUACGUCUUGAUUGUGUGUUACAUAUACUUCACUAGGAUCAUUGCAUUUCUCCUCAAACUCGCUGUUCCAUUCCAGUGGAAGUGGCUCUACCAGCUCCUGGAUGAAACGGCCACACUGGUCUUCUUUGUUCUAACGGGGUAUAAAUUCCGUCCGGCUUCAGAUAACCCCUACCUACAACUUUCUCAGGAAGAAGAAGACUUGGAAAUGGAGUCUGUUGUGACAACAUCUGGGGUGAUGGAAAGCAUGAAGAAAGUCAAGAAGGUGACCAACGGCUCCGUGGAGCCCCAGGGCGAGUGGGAAGGCGCCGUGUGACAGAGCCGACCCUGAGGAUGGCACUGUCCAAGGAAACUGUUAACUUAUUCAUAGUCCUAUUGGACAGCAGGAGCAGCUCCUACAGUGAACUAUUGGCACCUCCGACAGUGACACCAGGGCACAUGGCUGGAGUACAGUGCUGCGGAAACCUGAUUUUGUACUCUGUUUUAGGGAAACGAUCUGUGGCUGUUUAGAGGCAGCUGGAUCCUCCUUCAGGCGGGAAUGGGAGGGCGGGCACAGGGAGGAGGAGAGGAAGAGAAAAGGAAGAAUUCAUUUUUAAUUUAGGUUUCUUUUUUUCUUCUUCAUUUCGGAGCUCUAAGGUGUAUGCAGUUGUGACCCCACGUGUGGGGAAGUGUAGCAAGGACGGCUGGUGGAGGGGGAAGGAGGGUGCGAGGUAUCUGUCUGAUGCUUUAGGAAAUGUCUACUGAGGACCCCGGGACUUAAGAAGAAAGGUGGGGAGAGUGCCAUUGCCUGUUUGGGAGACAAAAAUGAAUGAAAACAGGUGACUUUGGAAAGCAAAGUCAAAACCCAGUUUAGGAUGUAGCACCUGCCCCAGGAUUCCUGCCCUCGGUGUUGCCCCAGACCCUUAUUCCAGAUGCUGAGAGUGACCAGGACAGCAGCUCCUGAGGCCCAGUGGUCUUCUUUCCAACAGGAAAAGAAGGCUGUGAUAUCACUGUCAGGAUCAUGCCCUGUGGCACAGCACAGGUGGUGGGAGGUGGUUUUCUGAUUGAGAUGUUGCCUGAUGGAUGGAAAGAAAUGUGUUUUCCAGUUCGAAAAGCAUUAUCCUGUGGCAUUCCCUGGACAUCCACUCCCUGACAGCCCCGAGCAGCACUGUCUGGCUUCCCUUCACGCUGUAGCUUUGUUGUGUUUGAUCAGAAUUUUGGGGGAAAUGGAGAGGAGUUUUCCUUAAGUAGCAGCUGGGGCCAGAAUAGGUAGUAUUUAAGCAAAUACUUAAGUCCAAGCAAAUCAUCCCCAUUAAAAAGCUUUUCCUGUAGGCUAGUAGGAUUUCUAAAUAGAUGAAUUCAACAGACUUGGUCCCCGUAGUCCAAGAGUAUGUAUGUGAAGAAAGUGAGCACGAUUCAACAGUUUCACUCUCAGGGAUUUUAGGAUGGCGAAAUAUUUCACAGAAACUCAAUGAUUAAGUUCCCUUCCACACUUCCAGAGCUUGAAUGAACACAGGUAGCCACCUAAAGUGAGCAGUAUUGCAACUCAGAGAGAAAAUCAUCUGAAUAGUAGGAUAAGCUCAGAAGGUCCAUUGUGACUGAGGGCUUAAAAGGAGACCAAAACAUGGCCCCAUCAGGAAAGCUUCUUAAUGCUUGGGGGGCCAGCUAGGUAGGGUUGCUUCCAAAAGCUGGAGCCCACCCCUGCCUGGGGCUUGUCAGAGAGCCACACCUGCAGGGGAACAGGGACCUCUGGGGGUGAUAGUCGUGGUCUCUGGGAGUUGUUUUCUCACCUUUGGCUUAGAAGGGUCAGGCAGAAACCACAGGAUGUGGGGUCACACUCACUAUCCCAGGUGUGGGAACCUGAAAAAGUCUCCAUUCAGAACAUGGUUGUUCUCCCUGUCCCAUGCUAUCUUAUCUUCCUAAAUGACUAAUAAGGAAGCGGGUGUUCUUUUUCUGCACUUUGAUUCGCCAUCUGGGUUCUGUAGGGUGCUCUGAAGGUGCGAUCUGCCUUCUGGCUGAUGUGGAGGAAGAGCAAGCGCCUUCCCAGGCCACAGCUGCUCACCUCUCGGCAGGUAUUUUAGGCAAGCAUCCGUGUGUCUUCCCAUCUUCAGGAGAAGGGUAAAUGCUCCCUAAGUGUUCACUUCUGGACCUUUUUCAAGUUCCCUUGGGAUUGUGUGACAGAAGGGAGUUGGAGGGAGGAUGGGAAUAUUUUUAACACUUUGUUUUCCUGUGCAGAAACAUAAUACCAGUUUUCGCAGAAAUAUGUCUCAAUCUGUGACUACCAAAGCCCUCCUCAGUCCUUCCCUCAGAGGGACACAUUUGCUGUUUCUCCCGCAAGCAGAUGUUGUGGAUGAGGCGAUAGACUCCUUGGCAAGAACGAAAGGUGUGAUGAAACCUCCCUCCUCGGAAGGGUCUCCGUGGAGGUGUCCUCAUUUCACAUGCUAGGUUUUGCAAGCAAGGAAGCCAGGCAGUGGAGGAGCUAGAGAUAGGCAGGCGUGUGUGUGGACAAGCACUGGAGCCGCAGCCGUCAGACUGGCACGGGAAUGCCAGCGUUGGGUGUUCAGAUUCCACGCGUAUGUAUCUCUGGGCUCACUCACAGCAUGGCCAAGUGUCUGCAGUGCUCGUCCUGACCCUUCCAGAGCAGCAGUGGACAGAUGAGAUAAGACUGUUUCAGACACAAAGAUGGCCACAGCCUUCCUAACAAGCAGGUCAUCUGGCCAUGUCUGUAUUGUAACUGGUAAAAGGCUUCAAGUCAGAUUGAUGAUCAAGAAAAGUCAAAACCGCAGCCCAAGAUUGAGAAAGCAGGUGGUGGUUCCAAGCUUUUAAAAAAUUAUUGAAGCUCUCCAUCCUGUUCUGUGAGUGUGUCUUCUCUUUCUCCUUCACGUCAUAGCUGUGACCCACCGUUCAUCUCUGCUCUUGCAUAAAGAUGACCGAUGGAGUCCAAAGCCAAGUGGCUUCACCAGCUGACAAGCCACCCUCCUGCAGCCUGAGUUUCACAGUCCACUGGGUUCGUUGUCAUGCGGUGUUUGAAUGGUUAAGCCCUUGCAGUAUUUCAGGGAUCGGGCAAAAAAUAUCGGAUGCACAUAGCAGAUCCAUUGGUGGUAUUUAUAGCUUCGCUUUGUACUCCUCACUGUUUCUGCCUACGCAAAAUAUCCAUGUUUCCUUUGAGAAAUCUGUUGUGGACUGAAAGUGCUGCUGGCUGUGAAAUUUAAUAAAGUGUGUGUGCUUUGCUAGAAAAUUAUUUCUUGGACAAUAGGAACAGUCAUUGAUCUCUAAAUCCUGGCUCUUAACAGUGGCCAAGGACUUGAUCAGCCCAUUUCUUGGUCCCUCAGUGCUUUAAAAUUUAAGUAGCACUGCAUUUUGUAAUGUUGAAUAUGACUCUAGUGACUUGUAGGAAGCACUUGUGAGGAGAUGCUUGCUUCAGUGUAAAAGAUGCUCAUGGCAUGAGUCAGUUGAGUUUUCUUUCAAGAAACCACUUUAGAGUGAAAUAUCCAGGGUUUCCCCGCCCUGGACAUGUCCAGCCUGCCAAGGCAGCACACAGCCCCGUAAGUCCACUUUGUGUGGGUGAGAUUUCCUCCUGCAUGUUGACCUCAUCGCCGUCUCUGCUGUCUCUGGUUCCACAGCCUCCCUCCCUCUUUUCUCCUCCUCUGCCCUCGCCCUUCCCCCUUCCCCUCCUCCUCCCCCUCCUCCUCCUGCCCUCGCCCUUACCCCUCCCCCUGCCCCUUCCCCUCCUCCUCCCUCCCUCACCUCUUCCUCCUCCCCCAUCCCUCCUCCUCCCUCCUCUUCCCUUCUCUGCCGUCUUUCUCCCUGUGCCUAUUGAUCCCACAUAGGCUCAUUCUGGGCACAUGGGCUAAAGGCUUUGGUGCAUUGCAGCGUUUUCUCCCAGCAGCUGUGUGAAAGAUGCAUUUUCUAAGCUAAGGAGAAUUUUCUCAAGAGUGGCAUACUCAUGCCAAAUAUUAUUGCUCUGGGCCAUAUAGGAUGGUCUUCCUCCACACUAAAAUGGGUUUCUUGUUUUGGUACUUAAAACAGUCUACUCCAGGCAUCCAGUUCUUACAGACCAAGGAAGAGCAUAGCGAUGCCUGUUGGAAUGGCAGAUGCAUUCUGGCCUUCUCCCCCGUCCUGAAGGAUUUUCUUCGAGGAAGGCUCUUAGAACAUUAGACAGUCUGCUGAGGUUGUUGGCCCAGCUCCAUACACCCAGUAGAACAGUGGAACAACUUAUGCUUCAUGCUGCCAAGCUGCUGUACUUCAAAGGAAACAGAUCUAGCACACUCCUGCACCCCUGCUUCCACACUCCACACUUCACCCCUCUGCUUUUCUCUGACCCUCCCCUGGCCUUGUAAGACUCACCGUAAGCUAAGUCCAGGAUGCCUGUGGCCUGCGGCUUGAUUCUUCCCUUUAGGAUUCAGCAAGUUAAUGGCUUCCUCGCUAUAGAAGUGAGACUUUGACUUGAUACCUCUUGGUAUAUCAAAAAGGUAUUCAUCCAGAACGUACCAAAUGUUCUGAAAGACCCGCUCUUCACUCCAGUGUUCCCUAGGGUGUUUCUGGCAGGGCGUCUUUAAAAGGCAUCUACCUGAGUUGACGCUAAUACUAGUCACCACCUGGAAUGUAGUUAUUGGUCAGCAGGCUGAACAUACUCCAGAUUCCCCAGAGGCUACUUCUGUAGCCCAGCGAUGCAUCUGAGCCUCUCUGCAUGGUUUAUGCUUGAAAAAUAGAUAAUGCUUUUAGAUGGUUCACUGCCAGGCCAUGGGCCUCACACAUCUCAGGCCCUGUGUGAGGGAGCACACUGAGAUGGUGCAGGAGUGAACGGGCAUGGCUUGGCCUCGCUGCCUCAGGGACCUGUUGGAGUUCUGACAGCAGGGCGUCUGCAGGUGGGACAGUGUUCUGGGCAGAGUCAGAACGGUCAGAAUGAAACAGAACAGCCAACUCACCCACAGGACUGCUUAUUUUGAGGCAGGGUUUUGGAUUUUGGAGGGAGCAGCCAGAUGAGGUGGUGAGUCUCCAGAAGGUCAGCCUUUGGAGCACGUAAGAUACUGUUACAGGGUCCAGAAAUCGUGGCCACAUGGGGGCUUUGACUCUUCAAACAGCUUUUGCAGAUCGUAAAUUGCAUUUGCCUAGUCAUGUGACCUCAAAAGAAGUCAGACAUAUUUAAUCCAGAAAUAGUUUCAUUUGAGGGAGGGCUUGCAGGUCUGUAAAUAGCAUUUGCUUCCCUGGUUAGAGAUUGGGAUGCAGAAGGAGUUUUCAGUAUUUUUUUUAAACACUAAUGAUCAUUGAAGAGUAUUUAUGUAAACAUACAAUGUAUAAUGGGUGGGGGAUCCGAUCAGGGUGGUGUACGGGGGUGAAUUCUCUUGCCGUGUUGCAAAUGUGUAAAAUAAAGAUUAUCUGGCAGAA